AUGGCACCACUUUCGUUGAAGAUAAUUUUGGGGGAAGGCGCAGUUACUCGAACUCUCAAGUUUGAUACGAAAACUACAAUUAAAGAAGCUCAUGUGAUAGUGAAAGACAAGAUCCUGGCUUUAGAACCUAACAGAGAAUACGGUUUCUUCCUUCCGUCAGCUGACAAUGAGUAUUCGGGAGUGUGGUUGGAUGACGGUGGUAAAACUCUGGAGUACUACAUGCUACGAGAGGGUGACUGCCUACAUUACCUCCCCAAGAUAAGAAAUAUGAGACUUCGAAUGUUGGAUGGUGCUGUGAAAACUCUUCAACUCGAUGAAUCCAAGAAGGUCGGAGAUUUGAUGGUCUACAUCUGUGAAAAACUGCGGAUUAGUAACUCAGAAGAAUAUGGACUGUGUCGAGAAGACAAAGAGUCUCUUGAGGAUCCAAAGGGAGCCAAUACAAUGGGGACCUUGACUCUAAGAAAAAAAACCGUGCAGAGAGAAAAGGACGCUAAGCUCGAGCAAUUGAGCAAGAAAUUAAAAACCGAUGACCUCGUGGAGUGGUUGGACCAGCAUAAAACAUUAAGGGAGUUACAAGUAGACCCUCACGAAACAUUGUUGUUUAAACGCAAACUUUUUUACUCUGACCGUAACGUUGACUCUCGAGACCCGGUACAGCUGAAUCUACUUUAUGUUCAAACGAGAGACGGAAUUUUAGAAGGAAAACAGGUCGUCACUGAAUCUAAGGCGCUUGAAUUUGCCGGUUUACAAUGUCAUAUACAGUAUGGUGAUUACGACGAGGACAAACACAAACCAGGUUUUAUUCAAAAUUUAAAGGAAUUUCUACCAGAACAGUACGUGACUUGGGGCGCCGAGAAAAAGGUUAUCAAAGAACACAAAAUGCAUAUCGGACUUCCUGAGAUAGAAGCGAAACAAAUGUACACAAGAAUGGCGCGUGGGUUGCCUACUUACGGAGUCACCUUCUUCCUAGUAAAGGAAAAGCAACUAAAAAAGAAGAAGCUAGUACCCCGUCUUUUAGGAAUAAAUGCAAAUUCUAUUCUACGUCUCGACGAAGAGACGAAAGAAAUCAUCCAAGUUUGGCUUCUGACUCAAGUAAAAAGUUAUAGAGCUGAUUACGAGUCUUUCGCUCUGAAUUUCGGAGAUUACAGUGAAAAAGAAUAUGUGGUCAAGACCAAUGAAGGCUAUCGUAUCAAAGACAUUCUGGAAGGCUAUAUCGACAUUAUAAAGCGAAGUCUUGCUGGUCCUAGAAAAGUUAACUUUAUUGAAGGGGAAGCCAUAUUCGAGGAUAAUGUUGAAAUGUCAAGAGGCACAACAUUUGUGAAUUAUGCAGCAAAGAAAGCAGUUCAACAUUCCCUAGUUGGCCCAAGCCAGAUAAUAUCGGUGGAACAAGGACAACAAUUCAAAGAGGGAACUCAAAUUGUUACGGUGAACGAAUUGAUGAAGACAAACAUAAGCAACAAAAGCCAGCAACCAAUCACAACCCAUAGCUCAAAAGUGGAACCUUCUAAGCACCACAUUUCGAAUGGCAUUGAAAAUAAAAUGAAGACUUUUAACUCCAAAUGUGUGACAAGUGUUGUGUAUCUAUCAGAUCCAACAGAACACAAUAUAAAAGAAGCACGAAAAGUUGUCGCUUUUAUGGAAGCUGCAUUGCCUGAGUUAAAAGAAGGUGUUAACGAAACUGCUGCGAACUCAAGUCCAUUAAAAUCUAAGAUGCUUCUAAAUAAUCUUAACGACCUUUGCUCCUAUUUGGAUAGUUUAUCGUCGGAAACAAAAAAUAAUGAUCUGACAAAUGAAGAAAACCUAACAAAGGCUCUGGAUGCAGCGAAAAAGUUAGCAGAUUUAUCUACGCAGAUGCACCUAUCUUUGGAUCCAAAUACCAAAAGACGGAGCAAAAUUCUUAUGCGUUCUCGCCAUAGUUUCAUACAGGAUGAAAAGACAGAAGCAUCUUUGCGACGCGCUUCUUUCCUGACAGCAACAGACAAUGCUUGGACUACUGUUGAAAAUGCAGCUCACUAUUUAGAUGAGCCGAAUGAAAGUCCUGUCAGUAGUGAGGAAAGCCAAUAUUUGGCGUUAAAGUCUGAAAAAGAUUUGGGCCACCUGCAAGCCACGAUUGCAAUGAUACUGAAUUCUCACGCAGAUCCAGCUAAUACAGAUUACGAAAGCGCUGUUAUAUCUAUGAAUACACUGUCUGAACUGAUACCCGGUUUUGUCAAAGAUGUAAAAGCUCUAACAAAUGAAGAAAAUAGAGAAAACGGAAAAGAUCUGAAGGAAUAUGUGAAACAACUGCUUGAUUGCACUCGAGCUAUGUGUAUGUUGACUGGCUCAGAUAAUGUUAACUUCAUUAAAUUGGCCCAAAAUGUGGGCAACAAGGUACAAUUAUUACUAAUGGGUACCAGUGAACUGACGAAAUUGGAAGCCUCUGAUCCUCGAGCUGCUGAAUUAGACGCCGCAGCCAUCAAAUGCACUGAUGCUACCGAGGGCCUAUUAGCUUGUGCUAGAUUGACAUCGUCGUCCAUCCGUGAACCUCACAGUCAGAGUGCAUUAACAGCUGCGACUGAAAACCUUGCUUCAUCAGCCCAAAGAAUGGCAUUAUUAUGGAAACCUUUGUCUGAAAAGCCUGACCGCAAAUCCUUUGCUAAACAAUUAGCAAACGGUACCUUUGAAUUGGCUAAAGCAUUGGAUAAACUGAAAAAUGCAUAUUCAAACAUUACAGUUCCAGAUGAAGAACCAGAAAUGAAACGGUUGAAAUUCAUUGCCACGGCGAGAUCAGCCGAUAAAGUUAUGAGAAAUUCUAAUAUAGAGCUGCAAAAAUUAAGUGACUUGCCAGUUAUAAUGGUGCCCAAAAGUGAUAAGAAUGACCAUCCAGGAUUACAAAAUAAUUUAUCGCAAAAACUGGCACACCUCAAUGCAGCUGUUGCAGCACUACUGCAGGCCACAGGCAAUCCUGACAACGCUGAUUACGAUAAUGCAGAAGCUGCUAUAGAUAUCAUCAGCAAAUUGACUCCCGAUAUUAUCCAAGAUUCCAGAUCUUUGAAUGGAAAAGUAGAUGAGGCUACCUGGAAGAAAAUAACAGAAUAUCUCAAAGAAAUGCUUGAAGCUACAAGGGAUAUGUGUUCAAAUGCCGAAGAAAUGAACGAAGAUGCUCGAAACAAUGCUGCGUCUAAAUUCGCCAAGGCUUCUGGCCAACUGACUUACAUUUAUAACCCGCGGAAGAAAUAUGAACAAGAAGACCAGAUUCUUGAUUUGGCUAAGUCAGCGGUUGAUCAGAUAAGUCAGAUGCUGACUCAAGUCUAUGAUCUAGUUGAAAAGGUUGAUAGAAGGGACGGAGACUUGCUUGACAACGCUGGUGUUAAAGUUGUUGGACCUGCGCAAAGAAUGCUUAAAGUGGCCGAGUUAACAGCGCCGAAUAUAAAUGAAGCUAGAUGCCAAGAGACACUUCUCUCAGCAAUAGAUCUUGUAUCUAACGAAAUUCAGAAUCUGAAAGAUACUUGUACACCCAUUAUCAAAUCUGAAAUAUAUAAAGAUGCCCAUAAUCAACUCAACAAUAGCAUGCAACUUGUAGAAGAAAAACUUAAUAAGUUACGAGAAGCCUGCACUAGCAGCAAUGGUGACGAAAAUCUAAACAAACAAAACUACGUGUCUUCAAUGGCUGCUGUUGAUAAAGCUUUAACAGAAGCAAGCAAGGAACUUCUUGAUAUAAAUGACUCUAAAGAAUCUAAAAGGCCAACCAGAAACAUUGCUCAGGAAUUACGACCUAAAUUAUCAGAAAGUCUUGCACAACUUAAUGCCGCUAUCGCAGAUCUUUUGCAGUUGACCAGUGCGCCCAAUCAUUUUGAUUAUGAUAAAGCAGAAAGUGCCAUGGAGUUGAUCAAGAAGUCAGUGCCAAAUAUUAUAAAAGAUUCCAAAGAAUUGAAUGGACAAGUUGAUGAUGAUUCAUGGAAUAAUAUUAAAGAAAAUCUUAAGGAACUCCUCGAAGCUACUCAAGACAUAUGUGCUAAUGCCGAAGAAAUUAAUAACGAUAAGUUAAAUGAUGCUGCAACAAGAUUUGCUAAAGCAUCUGGCCAGUUGACUUAUAUUUAUAACCCAAGAAAAAGAUUUACGAAGGAAGACCAGGUCUUGGAUUUGGCUAAGUCAGCGGUUGAUCAGAUAAGUCAGAUGCUGACUCAAGUCUAUGAUCUAGUUGAAAAGGUUGAUAGAAGGGACGGAGACUUGCUUGACAACGCUGGUGUUAAAGUUGUUGGACCUGCGCAAAGAAUGCUUAAAGUGGCCGAGGUUUCUGGUGAAAUCAAAAAUUUAAAGAAUACGUGGACACCGAUACUACAAUCACCUUCAUAUAAACUAUCAAGAAACCAACUUGAUAAUAGCUUAAAGACUAUCGAAAAUAGUUUAAAUUUAUUGAGAAAUGCAUGCACAGUAUCCGAUGAUUUUGAAGACAUGGCCGAAGGCAAAUGCAUCGCUUCAAUAUCAGCUGCUGAAAAUGCUUUAAAAGAAGCUCAUGAAGAGCUUCACCAAAUAACUGCUCUUCAGGAAACGGAAGUACCAAAAGGAGAGAUCAGAUAUGAAGUUCCAAAAUUGCAAAAUGAUUUAUCUAAGAAACUGGCUAAUCUCAACGCAGCAAUCGCAUCUCUAUUGCAAGCUACAGCAGGUUCAAAUAAUCCUGAAUAUGAAAAGGUGGAAGCAGCGAUGGACGUUAUUAAAGAACUUGCUCCGGCUAUUGUAAAAGAUUCCAAACAUUUACAAGGACGAAUGGAUGAACAAACAUGGAAAAACAUAACUGAUAACCUCGUAGAUAUGCUUGAAGCUAUCAAAGAUAUCUGUACCAACACAAAGGAAUCAAAUGAUAAAGAUUUAUAUCGCGCCGCUUCCAAACUAGCAAAUUCGUCUAAUAAAUUACGAUUUAUUUUUAAUCCUCGCAAGAAUUCUCAAGAAGAACAGGUGAAAGAUUUAGCAAAAUCAAUCUUAGAUGAAAGUUCAAGAAUUUUACCAAAAAUGUCAAAAUUAGCAGAUGACGUUGGAGGCGAACAUCGUAAUAAACUUUAUAAAUUAGGAAAUGAACUGGAAGAUUCUGUGCAACGAUUACACAAAAUGGUGGAGCUAACCGUACCAAGUCUUAGCAACUCCCAAAGUCAAGACCUACUAGUAUCUUCAAUGAACGAGAUGUCUCAUAGAAAGAAACAAUUUCUGGACUCCUGGGAACCUUCCUUACAAGAACCCAAUUGUAUGCAAAAUAAAAAAGAACUAGAAGACAGUAUGAAGAUUAUUGAUACAAAUAAACUUAAAUUAGCGAAAUAUAUCAACGAGUUCCUUCAUGAUCAUCCGCAAAAUAAAGAGUCGUGUGAACUUAAAGAAAGUUUAGAAGAAGCGAAAAAGAAUUUAGCAAAAUCAGAGAAGGAAUUACAAAAUAUUAUGUCAGUAACUCCCUCAAAAUCAAAAAUAACUCAUAUCUCAUCCAAGGAGAGUUUGGCACAAAAACUAGCUCAACUAAAUGCCGCUCUUGCGUCGCUGUUAAAUGACUGUAAAGAUUCAGACUCAAAACGAAAAAUACAAGCAGUAAAGAAUUUCUCCGACCGGUUAUCAGAUGUAAUUAAAGAUACAAAACUCAUCGACGGCACUGUUGACCCUCACACACGGUCGGUUAUAUUGGACAAUCUCAAACAAAUUAUUGAUGGCUCAGACGUCAUUUACAAUUGCUUAGAAGAUCCGGAGAAAGUCGAUUCUGCUUCUGCUGCAGUCAUGAAUUCUUUAGCCACACUGAAUUCUGUUUGCAACCAACGAGCUAAUACAAGAAAGGAAGGCCAGAUACAACAUCUAUCAAGAACAGCAGUUGAGCAGAUAUCUUUGUUGCUACCCCAUGUGUAUAAUUUAGUAAAAAGUGUGGGUGGGACUGAGGGCUCGAAUUUAGAUCAAAAAGGUGUUGUGGUUGUGGAUGGAGCGAAACAAUUCCUAAAAACAGCUCAGAUAACAGUAUCUACCAUAGAUAACCCUGAUUGUAAAGAAGUCCUCAUGUCAUCGGUUGAUCAUCUGAAACAACUUCUUAAAAAUUUAAAGGAGACUUGGGAACCAUUAGUUCAUAAUCAGAAUAAUAAUGAUAUCCAACACCAACUAAACCAAAAUUAUAAUGUGGUUAACGGUACUCUUAACAAGAUAAAGGCUACUUGUUUUGAUGAUACAGAAAACUUGGAUAUCCAAGAGAAACUAGAAAAAAUAAAAAUAUGUGAAGUGAAAGAAAUAUUAAAAGAUGCAGAAAAACUUCUGUCUGAGGAAAAGAUUGCACUGGAAGUUGAUAGAAAUGAAAAACCGCUUUUGGACCAAAGAAAGAUGCUGUCUGAAAAAAUUACGUUACUCAAUGAAGCCGUGGCCCGUUUGAUACUAGCUAUGUUAGAUAUAAUGUGCCUUCAAAACAAAUUAGACGAUGAUUCUCGACAAACCAUGUUCGAGGAGGCAAAAUCAUUGUGUAAAACUAACCAGUCGCUUUGUAACAGUAUAGAAAAUAAUAAUUUGGAGGAACUCCUACAAGAAGCUUCAAAGUACGCACAAUCUUCAGGGAAGUUAAUCCACAUAACUAAUCCACACAGCCACCCCAAUAAAGAGAGAAAGAUAAUGGAUUUGAGUCGCAACGCGUGUGAGAGGACGUCCCUCAUGCUCUCUCGUCUGUCACGGCUAGCUGGUGUAUCUCAGGGUACAGAGAGUCUAGAGGACAAGGGACAAAUACUAGAAGCCGCUGGCAUUACAGUCGCUAACGGUGCCCAUGCUCUGCUUACUAAUGCUCAGAUAACAGCUCCAUCAAUCAAUGAGAAAAAUUGUAAGUCCGUUUUAUUAUCGUCUACGGAGAAACUAUCAAGCUUGGCUCAAGAUAUGAAGGAACUUUGGCAGCCUUUGAGUCACAAUACCGAAUCAAAAGAAAUUGUUGCUCAGCUUCAAAGAGAUCUUAAUUUGCUAGACAAAGACUUACUGGAGUUAAAAGAUAUCUGUCAAGAUAAUUCAGAUCAUGAUGAUAUUAAUUUGCAUUACCAAAAUAAUGUUCCCUUAACAAAGGAAUUACAACUGGAAUCGCAAUCAAAUGUCGAGAAUUUCCAAGGCUUUGUACCAAAUGUUAGUAAAACAGUCAGCAGUGAAAAAGACACGAACGAACCACUUGUUGUAGUUGAUACGCCUUUAAGACAGUUGGCCCUGAAGAUACUUGAAUCAACUAAGAUGAAACUUAAGUCAGACAAAUUGAAACAGUCAGAGCACAAGGAAUUGGAAUGUUUUUCCGAGAAUUUAUCAGCUGCUUUGAAUACCUUGGAUUUAUGCUAUGCUAAAUGUGUUAACGAACCUCUUGAUUCCAAAAAGCAUCAAGAUUUAGAACUUGCUAUUAUGGACCUACAACAAAUAUGCUUACUCUCAAGAAGGGGGAAUUCAUCAAACAAAAUUGUUGAUUUGACGGAUUACGUUAACGAUGUUAUGUCAGCAGCAAACGCUGUUUUGGAAGUUGCUGACAAUCUUCACCUCACAUCUGAUAAAGGAAACGAAUCUUUGAAGACAUUGAAAGGACAUUGUAAUAAAAUACAAGAAAAUGAACGAGAGCUACAGAACUCUGAAUCGAUUGAAGCUCAAGGCGGUAUUAUUGACAAUAUGAUUCUGGUUGAUCAAUUCGCAAAGAACUGCGAUGAACAAAUACAAAAAAUGGCAAAAAUUAUUCCUAACAUAGACUCAGAAUCUGCAAGAAAUAUUCUAAAGGAAAAAAUUGAUAAUUUAACAGAAAGCUGUGACCUAUUAAAGUUUGCAGCCAAAAGCAGUAUAUCCAGUGCCGCAAGUGUGGAAUUUGAGGACAAUAUUCAAAACCUUGAAAACGUUGGAAGUAACAUUGAAAACAUAUUGGAGAUGAACGAAGGAUUGCAAAAAUCAGAUAAUCCCUCAAAACAAGAUGUGCAAGUCGCCCAAAUGAAGCUGACUGCGGCGAUCCUGUCAGGAAAUGAGAAUCAUCUGCCAAAGGAGCUGACCCGAUAUGCAGUUGCCAUCCAAAGCAAUGAUGGGAAAAACAGAAGACUAAAAGAACACCUGCAAAAAUUAUUGGAUCUCCUUAAAUUACAAACUAUCUCAAGAAGUCAUCAUAUAGCAACGUGGCAAGAUGAGGACGAUAAUAAUACCAUAAACGAGAAAAUUUUAGAGGAACUUGAAUCCUAUUUACGUGAUGUUGAAAGCCCACAUAAACAAGGAAAUAUUUUGAAAUCUAGUUUAAUGUCCAACAAUGAUCUUAGAAGACUAUUAAUAUCGAAUACACCACCAGCGGUAGGAGAUAAAGAAGGCCUAAAGCAUAAGUUAAACAAACAAGUAGACAAAAUGGGCUCAAUAACAGAAACAAUUAUGAAAUGUUUCCAAAAACCUGACAUGCUCUCUAAAAGUCUUCAUAUGGCUUUGGAAGCUACGGAAAAUAUAACUUCUCUGUCAAAAGGACUAAAAGGAAAGGACUUACUGCAAAGUAAAAAAAUUGAUGAAGCUUGUCAAGAAGUCAAUAUGGCUACAUACGAUCUUAUAAAGACUUCAAAAUCAUUAUGUCAGUCCCAAGUUCCUGGUUCAAAACGAAAGCUGCUAGAGGCAUGUAAAAAUUUAAAUGACGCGUUGAACAAAUUGGCUCGAAUCUCAUGUGCCGACUUAGACGUCUGUACAGAACUACAGCGUGACCUGAAGCUAGUAACACAACUUGUAGAACACGAGGCUCCUCCAAUAUCAGCAUCACUCACUGAUUGCGCGGAGCAACUACAGAGUCAGUUAGAAGUUAUGAACAUACUACGUUCUUCCGAUGACAUGGCUAAAAACUAUCGUAAUCAACUACGUCACGUAACCUCCGCAGUCUGUAACAGUGCUGAAUUCGGAACGCAAUCUGCUUUCUUGCUGUCCUUGUCUGACGAAGACAAAACCGUGGCGCGGCUUGGUGUUGUUGAUGAUUAUAAAAUAAGUAAAUCUUCGGAAGCUAUUCAAGAAACAUGUCUUCAAAUAAUUUGUUCAAGAAACUCAGAACAGGCGAAGGAGUUAGGAAAUGGUCUUAAUAAACAAAUUAAUCAAUUACAAGAAUUGGUAGAUGAUACAACUGCCAAGGUGAAUGACGAAUAUAGAAAAGAAAUAGUAACAAACAAUGAAGAAGUCCAUGAAACUUUAAAGAAACUUCAAGAUACAUUAAAUUCCACCAAUUUUAAGGAGAAAGAAAUAACGGCACAUUCUUUUAAAUUAAUGGAUGCCAUUAGAAAACUAAACAGUCAGAUUGAAAGAAUUCCCCGACCCAAAGUUGAUGAAAGCUUCAAGAAGAAAGAGAUAACAAGAGAAGUCAAAGAAAAUGUCAGGAAAUUGAUAAACAAUGCAUCGACGAUGGUCAAAAAGGCAAGUUGCAGUGCUGAAGAUAACAUUACUUGGGCAAAUAUCGGUGGCAAUGAAGUCAUUCACGCUCUCGAAGCAUUAAUAUCGUGUAUUAAAAAAAGAGGAGUUGAAGCUGGUCUAAUUGAAUCAGAGGAACAAGAGAUACCCUCAAAGAGUUAUGUUCAAACACAAGUUGAUUUAGCUAAUACGUGGCUAAGAAAACCAGCGUCCAAAGACGACAAAGUUGCUGGCGUAGAAGCUGCAGAAUCUUUAUUGGAAUUAGCUGAUAAGAUGUGCGAAGAUCUUAGCGGCGGUGAGAAAGAGGAACUGAAACAUUUGAUUACUGACACCAAACAGCUUCUUAAAGAAUGCUCUAACAACUACAAUAGCGAUAAAGCAAGCCAGCUCCGCGAGCGUCUCCAAGAUAUUCGUAAGUUGUGUGAGCGUGGGGCCGUCACACGAGUGGUGGAAACCUUCCUCGUGGAGCCACAGAAUGACCUGGAUCAAGUUACACAGGAACCAGAUGAAAACAAGAGGAAGUUCCUUCUUGAGAGAAAAAUAGCGGAGCUGCUGACACAUUUAGCUAGUGUCUCCAAGACAGCGCGUUUUGUAGCUGACACUGGAUUGGCCCCACGACAAAUACUUAUCAACAAAACUGACCAGGCUGAACUCUUGGCACCUGCGCUAGUAAAAGCUGCAGAAAAGAGAAUCCAGCAUCCAGAUGAUCAGGCUGCCAUAGCACACUAUCAGGAACUGCUGGCAAAUUACGCGGAAUCUUUGACAAAGAUUCGCGAACUCUGCGACCGCUCCGUAGACCCUAUAGACUUCUCGCGCGCAGCUGGAGAAACAAUGCACCGCAUUACAGAGGAGAACAUCAAGGAUCCUCAGAGAAGUGUUUACACUUCCACUGUUAUAAGGAAGUUAGGUGAGCGUGUCGUUGAAGCUGGCAUGCAGGCGUCUCUUGUGAAGAAAGACGUGGAACUUCAACGUACACUCGCUAGUAUCAAAGAGUCUCUGGACCGAACUGCUUUGGAACAACAGACCAAUUGGAAACAAGUGGCCACUGAAGUUCUGAAAAAAACUGGUGAGGUGGAGUCAGUACUGGGUGGAGAAAACAUAUUCCAGAAGGAACCAGAAACAGCUCAACCGAUUUAUACUGCAGCCCUUCAGCUCCACGCGGCUGUCCGUGGUUGGAGCGCGCGACAAAACGACGUCGUAGAUGGCGCCAAAUUACUAGCGGUGCUUAUGGCGAGACUCUCACACUACAUGGACACCGAUAACACGAAAGAGCUCAUCAUAACAUCAAAGUCGAUCGUUGAGAAGUCUCGUGAGAUCGUCACUAUAGCCAGAAAGUUAGCGUUGGAGUGUACAGAUAUGAGAAUACGAACGGUAAUUAUAUAA